AUGAACGACUCUGGUGAAUAUCGGUGUGAAAUGCUUGGAAAUACGUCCUCCAAGAGUCACACUAUCACUGUCAUUGUCAAGGCUGCAAAGGACACAGGACACUCUCAGACUAAUGAAACCAGAACAACGACUCCAAAUGGUCCUGGGAAAGACAAGGAAAACUCACUGGAUUGGCUCCUUUAUAUUUACAUCUCAGCUGGGGCUCUGGUGCUCAUGGUCAUUGUGGUUGUGACCACUUGCAUACUGAAGUCUAGAGGGUCAGAACGGCCAAGAGCAGCAAGGCGGAAACAGGAUCAGGUACAGAGGGAUUUGCAGUCUGCAGUGCCACUGAAUGAGAACGGACGGCCGCAUCCGUCUCUCCCGGCCUGCCCCCCGCCCAGCUUACCCGACCGGCCCAGGAGCAUCCGCUCCCCGCACAGCCAGCGUCCCCCCAGCCUCGGGGCCACUCCGGCCCCCGCCCCGGUCCCCGUCCCGGGCAGGAGAAAGUCCCGCACCAAACGCACUCCCGCCACAGCGGCCCCGCCCUCCGGCGGCGCAGGCAUGCCGACGGCAGCGGGCGGCGGCGGUGUCUAUGACAACGACAGGGAAGAGGCCGAGAGUCCGAUUGUGUACGCGGCCCUCAACCACCAGGUGGCACGCAAGGGCCCAAGCCAGGACCACACCUACGUCCCCAUGCAGGAUCUGACUGAGUACGCAGCCAUCCGCCUCUCCUAG